ACCACAAACAGCAGUGUGCCAUCUCUGAGCUGCGAAUUGACCUUAAGUGUCCUGCUGUCAGACACACUAUAACGGACCAUGCGGACUUGGCUGUUGUUCUUCACGUCAGAACUGCUUCUAAUGAUGGGACACGGAGAGUCUCAGAAGAUUGUGCAGGUCCAGGAGCAUAUCUCCGUGAGAAAAGCCGAAUCUGUGGUUAUCCCGUGCACCCAACGUGGGACUGAUAGUUACAUGUACUGGUACCGACAGUCCCCGGGCGAGGGUCUCCAGUAUAUCCUGCACGCUGUUGAGAAAGGUGAACCGAUAAGGUCCGACGAGAUCUCAGAUCGUUUCAAUGCCAAGAGGACAUCCGGCGGCUCCUUUGAUCUAAGGAUAGAGAUGGUGCAGCCCAGCGAUGCGGCUCGAUAUUUCUGCGCCUCCAAAAGUGGAAAUCAACCCUUGCAUUUUGGAGAUGGCACGAAGUUGACUGUUCUCGAACAUGAUCCUAAGAAUGCUAGCAUCACUAUCUUUGAACCCUCACCAGAUGAGAUUAAACAGAAAGAGAAGGCAACUGUGAUUUGCCUAGUAACUGACUUCUAUCCUGACAAUAUCAAAAUCCAUUGGUUUCUGGAUGGCACUGCGAUAUCAGCGACUGAUGAGAAAAUUCAGACUGACGUCAAUUCUAUGUUCAAAACUGAGACAAAGACCUACAGCAUCAGCAGUCGGUUCAGAUUAAACGCUCAAACCUGGGCCAAGUCUAAAAAUAUUGAGUGCAAAGUGGAACAUUAUUACCAAGGAUCACAACCGACAAACCAUUCAGAAGUUUUACCCAUUAAUGCUGAAAUCUGCGGCAUAAGUAAAGAAGUGAAAAUGCACAGCAUGGCAACAGGAAAAUUGACAUAUCUGAUCUUGAUUUGCAAAAGUGUCUUUUAUGGAAUAUUCAUCUCAAUACUUGCUUGGAAAACUAAGACAUCUUCCAGCAAAAGAUUUGACUGAUUAAAACAAAGCAAUGAAGACAAUGAACAGAUGAAUUGCAGAGCGUAUGGGAGAGAGGAAGAAGCAAGAAAAAUAAAUAUUGUGUUUAUCGAUGGGAUAAACUUAAUCUAAUUAACUCCUACCAUGCCAGUGUAAAUAUCUCCACAAUGUCACCAUGGGAGAUGAGUGGAGAACAUUUAUGCCUUGCCUCACCUUUUCCUGCUGAAAUAAAUCCUUUCAGAGUCUUGACGUUUCCUUGUUUUCCUAGUGUCUAAAUAGGUUAAGAUUUGAAGUUUUCAUUAUAUUUUCCCUUUUUUAGAUUACUUAAUAAUCCAUAAUCCUUAAAACUUUAUACAGAACCACAGAACUCUUAAAGCAAAACAGAAGGCUGUUUAGCCAAACGUGAAAAUACAGAUCUCCUUGAAAAUAUUAAAACCAAAACCAUUUAUUACAAUUAAUUCCAAGAUAAAUGAUUUUUACCUUUUCCACUUCCUGUGUGAAACAUAUCCCCCGUGCUGGUCUAAUAAAGCUAUGUAUAUUGUUAAGCAAAAACAAAAGAUUGUAACUCAAAUUUUGUUUAAAACAAGUCUUGUCUCUUAACCUUCAAACUUUUAUUGCUAGCGUUAGAAUUCAUCUAAUAGAUUGCUGAUGGAAACUGUGAUCCUCAUUAUUUUUCAUAGGUUUCUCAAUGAAUCAGGUAUUGACAGUUUUCUCAUGAUUUCGCCCUUUGCACUUUUCCUUUCGUUAAAUGUUUAAGAAAUAAAUAGAAAGUUUAUACAAUGAAA